GCGCGCGGAAGGGCCGGCGCGCGGGGCGGGCGGGCGGCCGGACAAGAUGGCGGACGGGGACAGCGGCAGCGAGCGCGGCGGCAGCGGCGGCGGCGGCGGCGGGUUCGCGACCGGCCGCGGAGGCGGAGGGGCCGGGGCCGGGGCCGGCGGGGGGGCCGGCGGCGGCGGCGGCGGGGCGGGCCCGGAGCAGGAGACGCAGGAGCUGGCCUCGAAGCGGCUGGACAUCCAGAACAAGCGGUUCUACCUGGACGUGAAGCAGAACGCCAAGGGCCGCUUCCUCAAGAUCGCCGAGGUGGGGGCGGGCGGCUCCAAGAGCCGCCUCACGCUCUCCAUGGCGGUGGCCGCCGAGUUCCGCGACUACCUGGGCGACUUCAUCGAGCACUACGCGCAGCUGGGGCCCUCCAGCCCCGAGCAGCUGGCCCAGGCCGCCGGGCCCCCGGGCGAGGACGGCGCCGGCCCCGGCCCCCGCCGCGCCCUCAAGAGCGAGUUCCUGGUGCGGGAGAACCGCAAGUACUACCUGGACCUGAAGGAGAACCAGCGCGGGCGCUUCCUCCGCAUCCGCCAGACCGUCAACCGCGGCCCCGGCGGGCCGGGGGGCUUCCCCGGCGGCCCCCCCGGGCUGCAGAGCGGCCAGACCAUCGCCCUGCCCGCCCAGGGCCUCAUCGAGUUCCGCGACGCCUUGGCCAAGCUCAUCGACGACUACGGCGGCGAGGAGGACGAGCUGGGCGGCCCCGGGGGCGGCGGGCCGGGCGGCGGGGGGCUCUACGGGGAGCUGCCCGAGGGCACCUCCAUCACCGUGGACUCCAAGCGCUUCUUCUUCGACGUGGGUUGCAACAAGUACGGCGUCUUCCUGCGGGUGAGCGAGGUGAAGCCGUCCUACCGCAACGCCAUCACCGUCCCCUUCAAGGCCUGGGCCAAGUUCGGCAGCGCCUUCUGCCGCUACGCCGAGGAGAUGCGCGACAUCCAGGACCGCCAGCGGGACAAGCUCUACGACCGGCGCGCCGGACCGCCGGGGCCCGGCAGCGGCAGCGGCGCCGGCGACGACUCCGACGGCGACGACGUGGACGACGACUGAGCCUCCCCGAACGCCGCCGCCGGCCCCGCACCCCCCUCUCCCCCCCCACCCCCCAAAUCACACCCCCCCCCCCCCAGGAAUCCCCCCGAUUCCCCCCCCCUCCCCCCCCCCC